GAUUUUUCCUCAACGACACUCCAACAUCACCUUCCAAACGCAGGGACCAAAGCACAUUGACAACGGGAGCCCCACAUCAUACCCUUCUAGACCCACCUGACAUAUAAACAUCGACGUCGACAGAAACAACAAAGUUCGCCCUUUCCUACCACCCACGAGGGUAUCGACAACAUGCCGGAAACAGUCAUCUCCAAAUACCCUUAUAUCCUGGCCACAGUCGCAACACGCAAAGAAGGCUUGACACGCAAGCAAUUCUGGGAGCACAACGAGACCAUUUACGUCCCGCUUUUGAAGAAAACCGCAGGAAAAGUGCACCCCCUCACAUGGACACGUCGGUACCACAUUGAUGAUGACGACUGCCCCAUGGGUGUUCCAAGGCAGAUUAUUGGUACGGCUGAUGGUCUGGAUUGGGACUGCUUCGGUGAGAUGACAUUUGAGGACGAGUUGCAUUACCAGCAAUUUAUCGCCUUCAUGCACAGUGAUAUUGCUGCAGAGAUUUUGGAAGAGGAGGAGAAGUUCUGCGACUCUGCCAACACAAAGUUGAUUGUCAUGAGGAGGGAAGUCAGUAUCGGCGAGAGGGCGCAGGUGAAGAAGUUGGACUAA